CAGGAUUACGUCGCAGCUUUCAUCUAUUUCAAAAACACGACUUCACAUCGCGAGAAAGGGUGGACAUAUGACCGAGGUUUGACACCCUUGUCUGGUCGUCAGAUCACCACCACAAUGCUGUCGUAUCUCAAUCCUCUCCCGUCUCUCCCAGUAUAUACCGGCCCUUACGCCGUUGGAUCUUCAGAACAUGAAAUUCCCAUAUCUUCACUCUCGCUCCCGGCUCUGCCCCAACUCCAAGCGUCCAAGCUGACGACUUUGAAAUUCCGUCUGUUCUAUCCGACCACAUCGAAGCAGUCGUCCUACACAAAUUCUCAAAACUACGGCAUCCCCUGGCUCCAAGACCCUCAGAGAGACCAUCUAAACGCAUACCUUCGGCUAUCCGGUAUAAAGCCAUGGCUCAGCGACUUCCUUCUAUCGUCCCCGUUCAGGUACUAUCUCAGCACGACGCAGAUUCCAGUACACCACAAUGCACCACUACUCUUCAAUGGCGCAAAGGUGCCCACUCUCAUAUUCUCACACGGACUGGUCGGUAACAUGAACACUCAUAGCGCCCUGCUCGGCGAACUCGCUAGUCAUGGUGUUUUCUGUCUGGCACUGGAUCACCGAGACGGGAGCGGGCCGCUCACAACUCUCCGUAGGACGGGAUCUGAGCCAAAUGGCGAUGCAGCAACGGUACCAACAGAAGUAGGGCUGACGAAUCCGAGUGUUUAUUACAAGCCAAUCACACUAAAAAUCAAGCCUGGCAUGCACGAGGCCCGAGAUGAGCAGUUAAGCAUUCGCCUCUUUGAAUUGAGUGCGGCAUAUCAGGCCUUGGAGGUGAUGAACGGCGGUCAGAUCUUGCCGAAUCUGGCGGGUGAAGGUGGGUUCACACUUCCCAAGGGAUCUUUAGACAUGUCACCAGGCAAUGUAAUCUGGGCAGGACAUUCAUUUGGUGGCACAUCGACAGUGCAAUUCGUCAAGUCUGUCUUUUAUUCCGAAGCGCAUGGUGACGACGCCAAAAGUCCAUUGCUUUGGCAAGAGCCCUCGUCGAGUCUGAAAGCACAGGUCACACCACAUUCGCCCGUUGUGCUGCUGGAUCCGUGGUUCUUGCCGCUCAGGUCGCCCAAGACGGAGAUGUUACUGAGAAGACCACUGCCAUGUCAUGAAGCGGAAAUUGGCAAGAAUUCCGCGAGAACAGUGGUGCUCAUGUGUUCGGAAUUUGCGUACCAUUGGCCCGAAUGCCAUUCGCAUAUGCCUGUGGUGGCGGGAGCAAAUCCUUCAAACGUCAAGGUGCAGACAAUAGAGGAAUACCGAGAAGAAAUAGCGAGGUACAAGGAUCAGAGGGAGUAUAUGAACAAGAGCAAAGAGCAAAGAGCGAAGUAUUUGGCCAGGGCGGAAACCGAGAAAGACCCAGACAAGGAGGGCCGCAGCCAGGUGUCUGAAGAACAGGUGUCAAUGUACGUGUUGCAUGAGACUACGCAUGUAACGCACUCUGAUUUCGGGAUCAUGUUUCCAUGGAUGGUAUGGUGGUUUACGGGACAGAGAAGACCCGUAUUGGCUACGAGGAAUAUCGCUAGGUCCAUCUUGGCCGAGACUGGCGUUGACAGUGCUAUGCAAGUGGCGGAUGAUCCGACCGUUGAAAAGGUGCAGCUGGAGCACGUAUCCAAGCUGUGGACGUGAAGUUUGGUUCCUUUGCCCCGUGUGUGGCCUGGUAGAUGGCGUAAUGGUAGAUAAGAGGUCGUGGUGGUUUUCCACACCUAACUCGUUUUUGGUACGGGGGCCAGAUUUCAUCAAUUGAUCGGAGGUCCGAACAUAGAGCUGGUCAACAAGAUGGCCAAUAUCAAGGCGGCGAGGAUCGGUCGCCUGAGCACGAACUUUGCGCCGUGCCACAGGACGAGCAGUGGCAGGCUGUGCAUGCGCGGAAUCUGUGAGAUGUGAACGUUGUCGGCGGUCCUCAUGACCUGGUCCAGACGCCAGUGGAGGCUGGGCGUGGUGCGGGCCUUGAGCCUGGUCAGCUCGUCCUUGAUCUCGAUUCUAGCUUGUAGUUGGGCGGCGGUGAGGACCUCGGAGAUGGUCGCAUUGUUCUCCCGGUCCGACAGAACCUCGC